AUGGAUAAUCUUGACGAAUAUGAUCACCAAGCCAUAAUAAUAUGGUAUUGUCAAGAAUAUUAUUACCAUGGAAUGUAUCAGCAAGCAAAGCAAGCAUCCCACGAUUAUCCUAACAAUGAAAACAUUAAAAUACUACUAGCAGUGUCUUAUUUACUAACAAAUCAUACCGAAGAAGCUUUGCAAUUAGUAACAGACUUAAUUAGCCAUGAUGAUACGACAUUACCAGCUUUGUUGAUCCAAAGUUACGUUUACCGAUCGAAUAAUAAUAAAGAUAAAAGCUUAGUGACUCAAAUAGACGGUAAAAUACGUGAAGAUCGACGCAAAGCAACUGCUACUGGUCUUACAAGAGCUGCAUUAGUUCUAUUACUACUAAAAAAAUUCGAUAAAGCUAAAGAUUAUGCUGAGAAAGCUUACAAAUUACGAUCAAAUGAUUUCGAAGUAUUGCUAAUAAAUGGUCUGAUUGAUUUGAAAUUUAGCAUCGGUAAAAAUACAAAUUAUUUCAAUGCUAUUUCUAAGGAACACAGCAGAAAACUUAUCGUUCUUCUUGGUACAGCAAAACAAUACGAAUUAAAUGAAUCACAUGAUCAAGCUAUUUUAAUUCUCAAUGCAUUAAUUGUAAGAUAUCCGAAGAUUUGUAUACCAUUAAUUGAAAAAAUGUAUAAUCAAUUAGCAUUGAAAGAUUGGGAUCAAGUUAUCGAAACUGCCAAUAGAAUUUUGUCAAUCGAUACUAAUAAUUUAGAUGGUAUUAAAGCUAAAACUGUUGUUAUUUUUAUUCGCGACGGUGAUUAUACAACAGGGUCCAAAGAUAUUCAAUUAUUUUUUCGUAACCUCAUGUUAGCUGAACAAAAAAAUAUUGAAAUUAUAACAAAAAAUAUAAAAUUAUUUACAUGUAUAAUUAAUCGGGAUGAAUUAAUCCUCCAAGAAUUAAUAAAAGUUAUGGAAAAAUUAAUUCAACAGAAUUCGAAUUUAAGCGAACCAAUGAUAGAACUCGGUAAUAUUUUUUUAAUGUUGAAUAAAAUAAAAGAAGCCGAGCAUUGGUAUCGCAGUGCAAUAAGAAUUGAUGAGUCUUCAUUUUCUGCUUUAAUGGGUUUAGCUCACUGUCAAGUUUUAGAUUCAUCACCAGGUUCAAUAGAUCUAGCCCGUCAACAAAUUGAUUUUCUAAUGGAAGUUCAAUCUAAUUCGCUAGAUCCACGUCUUCAUUUUAUGUCUGCACAAUUGUGCCGCAAUGACACAACGAAGGCACUCAAUUACCUCAAUAUGUCUGUCAAAUUAAUUUUAAAAAACAUUGAAAACAUUCCAUUUGGUUACAAAUAUUUAUAUGAACUGAAUCCAGAUUUUUGUUUAGAAAUCGUUAACCAGCAUUUAACUCAUACACCAACGAUUUAUAAUAAUACUGGACCACGUGACGACAAUGAAAAUUUAACUGUCGUACUAUUAAACAAAGUCGCCGACGCUUGUCCCGGUUUCGGAGCAGCCCUUCUGUUACUGGCUAAAGCGUCAAUGCAAAAUGGCGAUUUCGAGGAAGCAUUGGCUGCUUUAAAAAAACUUAUCGACUCAGUAGACCCGGCGAAUGCAUCAGCUCACUUGUUGAUGGCUCAAAUAUUCACUCGUCAAGCCGACUAUCAAUCAGCAUCAACAAGUCUUGAAGUUGGACUGAGUUACAAUUUUAAAGUUCGCGAUGAUCCACUUUAUCACCUUAUUACUGGAAUCAUUGAACGUAACAACGGAAAUUUAGAAUCAUCAAUCACCAGUUUGCGCAUGGCAAUGACAUUAAUUGAUUCACCCUCUAGAGAUACAGUGACUUUAUCAUCUUCAGACAAAGCGACACUUUAUCUAGAAUUGAUAUCAGCUUACAGUGAACUUAAAAAAUUUGAUGAAGCCGCGGCAUUAACGAGCGAAGCUAAAAUGCAGUUUGUUAAUACUGUAGAAGAAGGUCGUGUGAUUAUCGGUAAUGCUGAGCUUUGUUUGAUGACUGGGGAUAUUGAUAAGGCAAUAAAUUAUCUGAAUGAUAUACAAGCAGGCCAACCGUAUUAUCUACAAGCGCAUACGAUGCUCGCUAAUAUUUAUUUGAACCAACGAAAAGAUCGGCAUUCAUUCGCUAAAUGUUUUCGCGAACUGGUUGAUCAUUGUCCUGGACCACGGACCUUUAGUAUGCUCGGAGACGCUUACAUGGCAAUCCAAGAGCCAGAUCGCGCGAUCGAAGCUUAUGAAGAGUCGUUGAAAAAUAAUCCUGGGGAUAAAACACUUGCUAGCAAAAUGGGAAAAGCUUUAGUUAAAACUCACCAGUAUGGAAAAGCUAUAAAUUAUUACAAGGAAGUUGUUAAAAAUAAGUCAUGUGGAGAUCUAAAACUAGAUAUGGCUGAGUUGUUUAUGCGAAUGAAACAUUUUGAUAAGGCUGAAGCUGUUCUUAUUCAAGAACUACAGGACGGUAGGAUGGCUACGGAUUUAGCGAGCCUGGAAGUUCGUGGCAAGCAAUUACUGAUGCUUGCUAAGGUACGAGAGCGUGCGGGUGAUAUUAAAUUGGCUAUUUCGACAUUAAAGGAAGCUAGAGAAAAUCAGGUGAGAUGCAUGCAGCGAGCUUCAAUUGUUCCGAGUGGUACUGAUCAAAAACAAGUACUUGUGGAAAUUUGUUUAAUGCUUGCUGAGCAUUCUACUGCGAUACGAGAUUUUGAUGAAGCUAUUGGAUACUAUAAAGAUGCGCUACAACAUCGACCGAAAGAUAUCAAAGCGUUAUUGUCACUGGCUAAAUUAUAUAUGCAAGUAAAUGAUCUUGAUAAAUGCGCACUAAGUUGUAGUGCAUUAUUGAAUGCCGAUCCAAAUAAUGAAGCGGCAUCUGUUAUGAUGGCUGAUCUUGCUUUUAGAAAAGUCGAUUUCGAAACAGCUGCCUUUCAUUUUAGACAGUUAUUACUCAGGAAACCGACUUACUGGACGGCAUUAGCGAGAUUGAUUGAAGUUUCUAGACGUACUGGUAGUAUUGAAGACUUAAAUGAAUGGAUAGCAAGAGCAGAAGCCGCUACCGAAGGUUCUAAUCACGAAGCUGGGUUUUAUUAUUGCGCUGGAUUGCUAGACUGGAGAACUGGUAAAUUAAAUUCAGCAUUACGGAGUUUCAAUGCUGCACGUCGUGAUCCAGAAUGGGGUCAACAGGCUAUUUAUAAUAUGAUUGAAAUUUGUUUGGAUCCUGAUGAUGAUUCGGCAUUAUCUAGUGAAGCUUUUAAUGAAGAAGAUGCAGAAUAUCAAGACUCGAGAACUAUGGCUUUAAGAACUGCUGAACGACUUUUACAGGAAUUGAACCCCAAAGGAAGUCCUCAUGAAAUAUUAACUCAUCGAUUGUUAAGUAACUUUUUUUUACUUGCAACAAAAAUAAAAUCAAAAAUAGAGCAAGCGUUACAAGACUGUACGGUAUUAGCAAGUCAAGAAACACUUCGAGAUCACGUAGGACCGGCAUUAGGUCUGGCUACAGCUCAUAUUUUAUUGAAACAAACUCCUCGCGCGCGUAAUCAUCUUAAACGUGUUUCAAAAAAUGUUUGGACAUUUGAAGAUGCCGAAUAUCUAGAGAGAUGUUGGAUUUUAUUGGCUGAAAUUUAUGUACAAUCUAACAAAUAUGACCUUGCUAAUGAAUUAUUGAGAAGAGUACUUCAACACAAUGCCACGUGUGUGCGCGCGCAUGAAUUAUCGGGUACUAUUGCUGAAAAAGAACAAAACUACAGAGAAGCUGCAAUACGCUAUGCUCAAGCUUGGAAAUUUGGUGGUAAAACAAAACUCUCUAGUGGUUACAAGUUAGCGUAUUGCUGUCUUAAAAGUAAAAAAUACGCUGACGCUAUUCAAGCAUGUAAUGAAGUUUUACAUCAAAAUAAUGAUUUUCCUAAAAUUCGUAAAGAAAUUUUAGAAAAAUCAAUCAAUCAUAUUCGUACAUGAGAUAAA